UAUAUUCAUGAAAGGUAUGAAGGCUUCGGCAUGGCCGAAGACAGCCCUUCCUUACUUGUUUUUAAGUAUUUUUUGACAUUUUGGUGAGUUUGGCCUUGGCCUAAGACAGUGACAUAAUUGGGCCGUCAAAUUUCUUAACUUUUCAUUCUAUGCAACUUUACUUUAGUAUAUCUUAUACUUUUACUAAAAUAAAGCGACAACAACAAAAAAUCAGAAUAACUUUUAUUAACCUUUACUUUACUACUUUUUCACAUUUCAAACUCACUAAACAUAUUUUUUCUCCAAUAAGCUGGCAUCUCUAGUAUUAUUUGGUAUUGCAUAUUUCUCGCAUCUCGUGGCUGACUUGUUGCUCAUAUUUACCGCUAUGUAUUCUGGUAGUAAGUAAAAAGUGGGGAAUCCCCUAUUUGAUUUUGACGCUUUAAGAGAAAUGUUAUUUUAAAGUUUGUUGUGCUAAGUGCUUGAUAUUAGAAAGUGCAAGAUAUUACAUACAUAGUUAUAUAAUUAAAUUCAAAUGGCUACUACCUCAUCUAAUGUUCGUGUUCGAUCUAAAACCCUAAUUUAUUUAAUUGGGUAUUCAUCUCAUCAAAUAAUCGGGAGUAAACUGCCAUCAAAUCAUCAAGUGUUAAAGUCAUUGUUUUACAACAUUCGUGAAGUUGGAUUACCUUUUAGUGAUGCUGCAAAACUCACAAAAAAAUCUUGCAUUCACAUCCAAACUGUCCGAUCUUUUUGAUGUAGCAGUGGAAGAUGCCAUUUCAAAAAUGUCUAAUCAGGAAGAUAUUAAAUUUUUGACAUAUCAGAGAAUGAAAGGACGUCCAGGCCAUAUGGAAGGUAUCGAUGUGAAUACAGCUCUAGCUGAACAAAGAAGAGAAGCAAGAAAAGCAAAAGCAGAAGAGUGGCGAUGGCGACAGAUUUCACCAGUAAGCGCUGAAAAUGUACGAGACAUCUCAUUGUCUUCUGAAUCAGAAGUGGAAGAAAUCACCUCGGACGAAGUAUUUACCGAUGAUGAAAAAGCCAGCAAAGCGGAGACAGCGAGUAAAAAAAGGAAAUACAGUCGUGGUUAUAAAGAAGUAAUUACUUCACCUGUGGUAUCUGAACCCGGAACUGAUUUGCCUUAGCUUAUUUGACAAAAAAGAUUUUAAGAAAGAGGGGUUAAGUUAACUCAAGACUUCAAUAAUAUUCUUACAAAAGAUGAGGAGCAAAAACAAUUCCUGCUUCAGGUGGUAGCGGAUUGUCGUCGGCUUUGCCCUGAUACUUCCAAAAGUACCCUUUCUCUACCCUUAUCUGAUGAAUGAUAUUAGAAAUAAUAAUAUAUAAAUAAAUUGAUAAAUUUUUUAUAAUUUUUGUUUUUAGUAUGAAUUUUCCUUUCUAUAUGUUUAUUUUUUAAAUAGAUUUGUUCCCAUCGUCUUAUCUUUUUGUUAAAUAUUGUACCAAUUAAUGUACGAAAACUGAAAAUACAAUACAUAACUAAAAGAUUUUACUAAUUUCUAGCUUUUUCUAUUAUAAUAAAAUAAAGGACUUCAGUGUAUGCAUUGUUUAUGGUUAAGGUAAGGAUAGUUUCAAAAAUCGUGGAGAACCUCGAGCGUUACUGCGAAGAACUAUACUAAGGCAUUUGACACGAACUUGGUCCCUUAACUGUUAAAUAUCUUCCAAACCAUGCAUUU